AUGCUUAUCCACAAACGUUUGCCGAUUAUUCUGUUCAAAUUAAUUAACUUUUGGUUUAUUGUUACCACUGAGGAAAAGUCAUUCCAAAAAACUGAAAAUUUGGCUAUAGGAGCUUGCACUCAGUAUGAUUCAGAUUUUUGUUCAAGACAAGUGGAGAAUAGUGUUUGUAAUCGUGAGAAAAAUGAAUGCUUUUGUCGGAAAGGAUUUGUUGCAAUACGUGAAAAUGGCCGAGUUACAUGUAAAACAUUGCUAACUGAUUUAAAAUGUCGAGUAGAUCGUGACUGUGUUCAUGUGAAUCGAAGCAGUUGUCAUCCUGGUGCCGGCUAUUGUUCAUGUCCUGGGAAUACUAUUUACGUUCCUGAAAAACACGCUUGUAGAUCACGUUUUAUGUAUCAAAAUGAUCCAUUCUGUGAUGUUUGUAUUCAACUGAAAGGAACCUGUUUUAAAUAUGAACUAUUUGAAAGAAUUAUCACAGACCAAAGAGUGAAUCCUAAUGGUGUUGGUUGUGUUUGCCCAGAUCAUAGAGUGCCAAUUAGUACAAGAACAAGCGAUCCGUUAAAAUAUAUGUGCGAUGGAUAUUUGGUUGACAUUGGAUCGGAAUGUAACGAUGAAUCAUUAUUUUGUCGUUCAAUGAAUUCUGUUUGUAAACCAUUACAAGAAGAACUAUUGUUAUCGACUACUCAUUUGCAUAGUAUCAAAAAUAAUCUAUGGUCAGAAAAUUUUCCUGGUGUAGAUCAUUUACAAAGAAAUCAAAUUAUACGUACUUGUCAGUGUAAACCAGGAUAUUUACCAGUAUAUCAAGUUAAUUUAAAAUAUAAUGAAUGUUUCAAAAUACUUCCAAUGAAAGCCAAACGUUGUCAAAAAUGUGUUGAUACAGGUGGUCAGUGUUAUGAUCUAAAUGAUGAUGAAACAGGAGAUGGUUGUGACUGCCCGCCAAGUCUUUCAUCUAUUGUCUAUGGAAAGGAAAACUCAGAGACAUAUUGUGGGACUGCUCAUGUAUCUAUCAACUGUACAAAUGGAUAUUUCUCUGUGUGUUAUAAUCCUCAUUCCUAUGGACCGUACAGCAAUUUGUUUGAUGAUCUGAUGAAUCAUCAUUCUGUGGUCAGAUUAGCAUCUGAUAAUUAUCUGAGAGAAAGUUUAACUAGUGAAACAAACAAGACUUAUCACACUUCAAACUUCCAGAAUGUUUGUACACUCAAAUCAGAGAAUAAUGCAACAGAUACUGGAAACAUUUUCGUAACGGAAUCAACAUCACGUGACAAGUAUCAUUUACAUGGGACACAAAGUAAAAGAUUUUGUUUGAAUGUUGAUGUCUGGCAACAAAAUGGACUGUGUGGUAUCAGACUGUACAAACUUAGUCAUGAUACCGUACAGUACGAAGGAAUUUUAGAAGUCCUUGUCAAUGCUUCAAUACGUACUCCUAGCAGAGAUAAAAUUAUUCCUCUCAAGUGCAUCUCUCGAAUCCCGAAUAGACCAAUGAAUAAAAUUAAUGCUGGAAAUAUGCAAACGAUUGGCACCAUGAACCUAGCAAGCACACUAACUCAUCCUCAAAUAAUUUUGCGUCUAUUAAAUGAAAAUAACAAAGAAAUUCUAUCGGCUAUUGUUGGUUCACGUCUACGCUUGGAUGCCUCACUACUUAAUCCCUCAGGACCCUACAAAUAUAUUGCUGCUGAUUAUUGUUAUGGUAACAAUAGAUCUGUUCAUUCUGAUUACUUUUCAAGUGAAACAGGCACUUUACUUAUAGAUCACAGAUGCUUACACAAGAAAGCACUAUUAACUGCCAAAUUUUCAAAUAUUGGUUUACUGAAUGGGCAUUUGCAAACAAAUCUAUUUGAAGCUUUUAGGCUGGGUAACAUGACUUUAGUUUUCUUCACUUGUGUAUUCAGAAUAUGUCAACUGCCUACAGACUGUGAGCAGGCAAAGUGUAGAACCGAUGAUACAAUACACAAGGUUCAAUUAUCCGAGAUAACUGGAAAAGACAAUAUCAUCCCAUUUGUUAGCGAAAUUCCAAAUACCAAUGCAGGCAAUAACCAUGAACAUAAUAUCUACAAAGGUGACGGUUACUAUUUUCGUACUCAUACAUACGCUCAUAUUGAAGUGAACGAAAAACACCAUCAAACAUAUAACACUAAUAAUGGAUUCAGUCCAAGUUAUAUAACAUCAAAUCAUCAAUUAGACAUGAAGUCCACAUCAUCAUUGACAUCCACGCGUGAUCGAUUAUCAUGUAAUUAUGCUUUGUGUUUAACAACAGUUCAUUUAAGUUGGAUAUUACUCGGAUUGUUUGCACUACUUAUUUUAUUCUGUAUCACCCUUAUAUUAAUUUAUCGUAAAUAUCGAUUAUUUUUACAAAGAAGAACAUUAACUCUACUUGGAAAACAACCACAACAAAAUCAAUCUAUGCAGAAAUCAUUAUCAGUCUUAACAAAAAAUGGUUACAGUGAGCAUUCAAGUCCAUCAAGAUUAUAUAAUAAAGAAUAUUAUCAACCAAAUUAUUUAUUGAAUCCAGAUUUACCGCUUAAUUCAACAUUAUUAAAUACCAAAAAUUUAGAUUUGAAAUCAUCUUUUCAAUUAAAUCCAUUAACACCAUCUAAUACACCUUGUACUUCAACUGAAUCUGCAUUAUCAUUACCUCCAUUAUUAGCUACAUGUACAGCUGGAUCAUUGAAUCCUUUAGAUGGGAAAUUGAACUUUGGUGAAUCUACUACUUAUUCCACAAAUAAUAAUAAUAUGGCAUUAAUUUUAAAAAAUCCUGAUUCAUCUAAACACGAAACAAUACUAUGCGACAAUUCAGAUAUUUUUUGUCAUACAUUAGCUCCAACAAAAUUAGAUAAUUCUAAAACAUUACGUUCCAAUUCAAUGAUACCCAGUACAAUUGGACAAAAUUGUUAUUGUCAAAGUAUACAUGAUUCACAUUGUCCAUUACCAUUUACUCAGCAUAAUUAUGUAAAUAAUAAUGAAUAUCUAAAGACAAUAACAUCAGAUGACUGUUUUAUGAAUUCAACAUAUGUUCUAAAAGAGGAUUUAUUACGAAAGCCGAAUUGUACAAAAUUGCAUAAUAAACAAUGCUUAAAUGACACAGAUAUGAUUGACCUUUAUCCUAGUUCACAUAAUUUAAGUAAUAAGACAUUGGUAUGCAUAAAAAACGUUCAGCCAAAAUUAAUGAAUGAUGCCAAUGACGAGGAGAAGAAUUUAUGUACAACUUCAAUUUUAUCAACUGUCACAUGUUCACUGCCAAGUUUCCCAACCGUUAAACACUUUUAUUCAUUCCAAAAACCAAGAAAAAUUGAUAAUUCUGUUGAAUGCAACAGCAAAUUACUGGAUACAUCAACAUUGAAAAACCAUUCUAAACUAUGUAGAGGAAGCCUGAAAACUAGCAAUUCUUCGGUAACACAUUUUCCACCUGAUGAACAUCAUUAUCAUCAUCAUGGACUUCCAUGUUCAGGUUCUAUGGUUAUUCGUAAUAAUAACAUUAUAAAUGCGCAAACAACAAACUUCUGUGAUUAGUG